GCAGCUUCAGCUCAGCCAGUGGCAGAGCAGUUAGUACAUAACUAAUAGUGAGAAAGGAAGCUGGGGAGAGACAAGGAAGAGAAGCAACCGACCUCAUUAACAAAAGCUCAGUUUUGUCCCUGCGGACCCAACCAGCAGAAGGGACUGAAGAGCUGUGGCUCUCUGCCAGGGAGGUCGGGCUCCCUGCAAACAGUUGCUGGCAUCCUUUAUCAUGCUCUUCUCAGAGGGAGUCCUGAGGCUUGGCAAUCGGGAAGUUUUCAAAGCCGCAGCGGCAGCAGCAGCUUUGGCGAACACCAGCAAAGACAGUGAAGUGUGUUGUCACCAGACUGCAAUCAAGGCGUCAACUCAGCUCCACUCUUCUCUGGAGGCUUGAUUUAGGAAGAAUCUUCUCCCAAGCUGAUUCAGGAUUAGAAAAGCACUUGGGAGGCACAUUAAUCUUGCCAGCGUUGUCAGGAGUGAUCAGCGAGUUUUAUUAAAAGCCCUGAGAUUGCCUGAAAGGCCUCCUUGUCUGAGUUUGCAAUGAGAGAGGCAUGUUAAGAUCUUGGGGCACAUUGUCAGGACCCUUUGCCCUGCCCCUUGGACUAUGAGCUGACACCCCCGGAAGAAGCACAGAAGCUCUCCUUUGUUGAAGGGAUUUCACCGGUGGACGGAAAGGAGUUGGCCCCUGUCAGCAUGAGCUCUCUGGGUUGGGGUGGGCUGAAAGCCAUACUCCUGCUGCUGCUCCUGGACUGGGCCAGCCCCACCUUCAUCAGUGUGAACCGCGGGGUCAGGGUGAUGAAGGGCAGCUCCGCCUUCUUGUUGGGAGAGGACCUGAAGUUCGCCAUUCCCAAAGAGAAAGAUGCUUGCAAAGUGGAAGUGGUGAUGAAUGAGCCAAUGACCCAGAGGGUUGGGAAACUCACUCCACAGGUCUUCGACUGCCAUUUCCUUCCUAAUGAGGUACAGUAUAUUCACAACGGUUGCCCAAUUCUUGAUGAAGACACAGUGAAGCUUAGACUUUACAGAUUUACUGAGACAGACACCUUCAUGGAAACCUUCAUCCUGCGGGUUUAUCUUCUGGAGCCAGACUGUAACAUCAUCCGCACGAGUAACAAUGUACUGGAGGUGUCUGAAUUUUAUGGCCUGUCCCAAGCCAUUGAUAAGAACCUGCUUAGAUUUGACUACGAUCGGACAGCUCACCUGGAGUGUACAGUCAAACUGGACCCUGUGGGAACUCGGCUGCCAGCCCACGGCCGGAUGGUGGUGGUGGAGCCACGGCCAGAAGAACCACGGGGAGAUCAGCCACACAUGUUUUUCCCUGAGUCUCAUGUGGGAAAUGAGAUUUGGGAAUUAAAUAACUUGCCUAAAGUUACACAGAUCUCAGAGAGUGCGUGGUUGCCUGUCUAUAUCAGAGCUGGCAUCCCUAAUCAGAUUCCAAGGGCUGCAUUCAUGGCCAUGUUCAUUCUGGAAGUGGACCAAUUCAUCCUGACCUCUUUGACUACAUCAGCUCUGGACUGUGAAGAGGAUGAGACCCCCAAACCCUUGCUGGUGUUCAACAUUACCAAAGCCCCACGCCAGGGCUACGUGACUCACCUGUGGGAUCACACUAGACCAGUGUCCUCAUUUACUUGGAAAGAUCUCAGUGACAUGCAGAUUGCCUAUCAGCCACCAAACAGCAGCCAUUCUGAAAGGAGACAUUAUGAGGUGGAGUUGGAGGUAUAUGACUUCUUUUUUGAAAGGAGCGCACCUAUUACUGUCCACAUCUCUGUCAGAACAGCAGAUACAAAUGCUCCGCGAGUGUCCUGGAACACAGGUCUGAAUCUCCUGGAGGGGCAGUCUCGGGCCAUCACUUGGGAACAGUUUCAGAUUGUCGACAGUGAUAACAUUCGUGCUGUACAGCUAGUCACCGUGGAUGGCCUGCAACAUGGACGGCUCACAGUAAGAGGGGGAAAAGGAUUUCUCUUCACUGUGGCUGACCUUCAGGAGGGAGUCGUUCGCUAUCAUCACGAUGACAGUGACUCCACCAAAGACUUUGUGGUCUUCAGGAUAUUUGAUGGCCAGCAUAGCAUCCGCCAUAAGUUUCCUAUCAACGUCUUGCCCAAAGAUGACAGCCCCCCGUUUCUCAUAAACAAUGUUGUGAUUGAACUGGAGGAGGGACAGACCAUACUGGUCCAGGGGUCCAUGCUGAGAGCUUCAGACAUAGACUCCAGUGAUGACUACAUCUUCUUUAAUAUCACACAACCGCCACAGGCUGGAGAGAUUAUGAAGAAGCCAGGGCCAGGACUGAUAGGUUAUCCUGUCCCUGGCUUCCUUCAGAGGGAUUUAUUUAAUGGCAUCAUUUACUAUCGUCACUUUGGUGGAGAAAUCUUUGAUGAUUCUUUUGAAUUUGUCCUGUGGGACAGCCAUGAACCUCCAAAUUUCUCAGUGCCACAGGUGGUAACAAUCCAUAUCACACCAGUGGAUGACCAGCUUCCAAAAGAGGCACCGGGAGUUUCUCGGAAUUUGGUUGUCAAGGAAACUGAGGUGGCCUACAUAACUAAGAAACAUCUACAUUUUAUAGAUACAGAAUCGUAUGACAGGGAGCUGCUGUACACAAUAACAACUCCUCCAUUUUUCUCCUUCCGCCACAGACAUUUGGAUGCUGGGAAAUUAUUCAUGGUGGACAGCAUACCAAAGCUAACCAAAAAUCCUUCAGCCCUGGGCCUGAAGUCAUUCACUCAGGAUGCUGUGAACUAUAUGAAAGUGGCCUACAUGCCCCCUAUGCAUGACAUAGGCCCCCACCUACAGCACGUCCAGUUCACGUUUUCCAUCAGUAAUCAGCAUGGUGGUACUUUGCACGGGGUCUGCUUUAACAUCACAGUUCUUCCAGUGGACAACCAAGUGCCUGAGGUUUUUACCAACCCUCUGAGAGUGGCUGAGGGUGGUCACUGCAUCAUCAGCACAGAGCACGUUUUGGUUUCUGAUGAGGAUUCCAAAUUGGACAACAUCUACCUCUCCCUGCAGAGACUGCCUCAGCAUGGAAGGGUGGAGCUGAAUGGACUUCCUCGAAGCACAGGCAUCACAUUUUCGUGGGGAGACCUCCAUGCCUUAAAAGUUAGGUAUCAGCAUGAUGGAUCUGAGAUACUUCAGGAUGACAUACUCUUCGAGGUCACAGAUGGCACGAAUUCAGUAGAAUUUGUUCUACACAUUGAGGUAUUCCCCAUAAAUGAUGAGCCACCAAUCCUAAAGGCUGACCUCAUCCCCGUGAUGCAUUGCUCAGAGGGCGAUGAGGUGGUCAUCACCUCUGAAUACAUUUUUGCUACCGAUGUGGACAGUGAUGACUUGAAACUGAUAUUUAUGAUUGCUCGAGAACCUCAGCAUGGGGUAGUGAGAAAAGCUGGAGUCAUGGUGGACAAGUUCUCUCAGGGAGAUGUUAUCUCAGGGGCUGUGACGUACAAACACACAGUGUAUGCAGGUACCAUGUUGGUGGUAGACGAGGGUUUCUCAGCAGCCCUUACCGUUAACCAUUUGUCAGCCACUGACCCUGACACUGCAGCAGAUGACUUGGAGUUUGUUUUGGUUUCUCCACCCCAGUUUGGCUACCUUGAAAAUACACUCCCUUCUGAGGGUUUUGAAAAAAGCAAUAUGGGCAUAAGUAUAGGUAAGUCACAGUUUCAUGAUCAUUUUUCCUGCAAUGGCAAAAAUGAAAAAAACGUUGAGUACUCCCAGUGGGUAUAUCAGGUGUGUGAGGGUCAGACGAAAGAGUUGGAUUCUUCCAUCAUCCAUGCUGCUGACCUGGAUGUUCCCAGGGACCACUUGCUUUUCAGCGUCGUGCAUACACCACGCCACGGCCUCCUCAUCAAUGGGGUGUUCAGCAAAGACUUUCCUCAACAUAAGCAGCCAACUAGCCAAGGCCGGAAGCAUGAACUUGUUCACAACUUUUCCAUGGAACUUCUUAAGAAUGGUAUAUAAUAUGCCUACUUGCAUGAUGAUUCAGAGAGCGUUGCUGAUGAUUUUACUAUCCAGCUGUCGGAUGGGAAACAUAAGAUACUUAAGACCAUUUCGGUAGAGGUCACCCCAGUCAAUGACGAGAAACCAAUGCUGAACAAGAAGGCUGAAAUUACAAUGAACAUGGGUGAAACUCGUAUUAUUUCUAGCGCUGUUCUUUCAGCCAUUGAUGAAGACUCACCCAGGGAGAAGAUUUACUAUUUAUUUGAAAGACUUCCCCAAAAUGGGCAACUUCAGCUUAAGAUAGGGAGGGACUGGGUCCCUCUCUACCCUGGCAUGAAAUGCACUCAGGAGGAAGUGGAUCUGAACUUGCUGCGAUACACACACACUGGGGCAAUGGAUUCUCAAAGUCAAGACCACUUCACCUUCUACCUCUGGGAUGGCAGCAACAAGUCACCUGCAUUUGACUGUCACAUCACCAUCAAGGACAUGAGAAAAGGUGAUAUUGUCAUCCUUGAGAAACCCCUUGUGAUGUCUACAGGAGGCAGGGGUUUCUUGACGACCAGCACUCUCCUUGCUAUGGACGGAACAGACAAGCCUGAGGAGCUGCUCUACGUCAUCACCUCCCCACCGCGAUAUGGCCAAGUGGAAUAUGUCCACUACCCUGGAGUCCCUAUUACAAGUUUCAGCCAAAUGGAUAUAGCAGGACAGAUAGUCUGCUACGUACAUAAGAGCAAGGACCCUGUCUCCAGUGACACAUUCAGAUUCAUUGUCAGCAAUGGCCUGCAGACCAAGCAUGGAGUGUUACAGAUCGUCCUGGAGACUGUGGACCGAGCCUUCCCCGUGGUGACCAGGAACAGGGGGUUGAGACUGGCUGAGGGGGCCAUGGGCCUGCUUUCCCCUGACCUCCUUCAACUGACAGACCCUGACACUCCCGUGGAGAACCUCACCUUCUUUUUGGUCCAGCUCCCACAACAUGGCCAGCUUUACCUGCAGGGGGCAGUGUUGAAUCAACACAAUUUCACUCAGCAGGACGUAGACAGCGGGAAUGUGGUCUACAGGCACUCAGGACGGGGCCCCCAGACUGAUUGCUUCACUUUUGUGGCUACCGACGGGACACACCAAGGCUUUGUUGUGGAUGGUCGAGUGUGGCAAGAACCUGUUCCAUUCACCAUCCAGGUGGACCAGUUGGACAAAACAGCCCCCCACAUCACAUAUGUGCAUUCCCCUUCUCAAGUGGGACUCCUGAAAAAUGGCUGUUAUGGGAUUUACAUCACUUCCCGUGUGUUGAAGGCAUCGGACCCUGACACCGAGGAUGAUCAGAUCAUCUUUAAGAUUUUACGAGGGCCCCGACAUGGACAUCUGGAGAACACCACAACAGGUGAAUUUAUCCAUGAGAAAUUUAGCCAAAAGGACUUAAACAGUAAGACCAUUCUUUACAUCAUAAACCCAUCUUUGGAAUUUAAUUCUGAUAUCAUGGAAUUUCAAAUCAUGGACCCCACAGGGAACUCUGCCGCUCCUCAAAUUUUGGAACUGAAGUGGUCUCAUAUCGAAUGGUCACAGACUGAAUAUGAGGUCUGUGAGAAUGUGGGCACGUUGCCCUUGGAAGUUACCAGAAGGGGCUAUUCCAUGGACUCCGCUUUUGUGAGUGUAAAGGUCAACCAAGUGUCAGCUACAGUUGGAAAAGAUUUCACCAUGACUCCAUCUAAACUGAUUCAGUUUGACCCAGGAAUGUCAACUAAGAUGUGGAAUAUAGCAAUUACCUAUGACGGAUUAGAGGAAGAUGAUGAGGUCUUUGAAGUAAUUCUGAACUCCCCUGUGAAUGCAGUUCUUGGCACCAAGACAAAAGCUGCAGUGAAAAUUUUGGACUCAAAAGGAGGACAGUGCCAUCCUUCAUAUUCCUUCAACCCAAAUAAGCACAACGCAUGGAAGAAGGGCAUUUGGCCCCCACUGUCCCCAGGGUCCUCCUCACACAGUGCUUCUGGCUCUUUUCAUCUGGAAAGAAGACCUCUUCCGUCUUCCAAGCGGCUAGCAGUUGCCAGGGGAGACACCCCACAGGGCUUUGAUUCUACAGACCUUUAUGGACUAAAGCUUAGGACCCGAGGGAAUGGCAAAACAGUUCAUCCAUCCUCUGUUUAUAGAAAUGGAACAGAUGUCAUCUAUAACUAUCAUAGAAUGGUUUCCCUGCAACUGGAGGAUGACAGGUCCCCAGCUUACAGAAGGAAGACCAAAUUAUCCAUUAUUAGUCAGCCACAAAAGAUAAUCAAAGUGGCAGAGCUGCCUCAAGCAGAUAAGGUGGAAUCCACAACUGACUCACACUUCCCCAGACAGAGCCAUUUGCCCUCAUUUCCAAAGAACUGCACACUGGAAUUGAAAGGACUCUUCCACCUCGAAGAAAGCCUCCAAAAGCUGUAUAAAUGCAAUGGGAUUGCCUGGAAAGCUUGGAGCCCCCAAACCAAGGAGGUGGAAGACAAAUCCUGCCCAGCUGGGUGGCACCAUCACUCAGGCUACUGCCACUCCUUGAUCACACAGCAACAAGGCACCUGGAACAUAGCUGCCCAAGCUUGCAGGGAACAUCACCUGGGCACCCUUGUAACUGUCCUGUCCAGGCAGCAUAUGCGAUGGCUCUGGGACUUCAGUGGGAGGAAGCCCUUUUGGAUAGGUUUGAAUGACCAAGUGCGAGCUGGCUACUGGGAGUGGAUCAGUGGUGAACCUGUCACCUUCACCAACUGGAGGAGAGGGCCCCCUCAACGUUUAAAGCCUGGCAAGGACUGUGUUUUGGUUCAAAGACAAGGAAAAUGGCAAACAAAGGACUGUAGGAAGGGCAAGCCUCACAAUUAUGUGUGCUCCCGGAAACUCUAAAUGUCACUGGCCUUCCAGGUGCCAAUGGGAUUUCUUACCUAUUUAUUUACAGAAUUUGUGCAUAUUGCUCAAUAGAAAAUAAGGUGCAUGACUGACUUGGUACUUCUUUUUUUAUUGUAGUGUAUGAGGGAUUCCAUCUAGUGAAAAAGGAACAUCAAUGAAUAGUUCCAGGAAUAUUGAUACAUGAAUAUUUCUUACAGGAAGAGAUACAAUUCUUGCAUCUCAAUCCCUUUUAAAAUAAAUGCCUGAUGUAUUAAAUGGUACAAGGUUUGCUUGUUCCAGGAGAUCCCCAUUGCAACUCCACUCCAUAUCUCAGUCAGCACCAAUUUCAUGGGCUUUGGGUUUUUUUGGUCCCAAGACCUUAAGUGAGUCCAUUCUGAAACCAGUAUUGCAGGUGCUUCUACUUCUUCUGUUUGAGUGAAACUAACCCUACCAGUUCUUUAAAUCGAGGUUGAAUUGCAAAGGGUUGCUUUGUCCCUUGGGAGCCCUUUCAAAUAUGAAACCUGAAAUAAGAUGACCCCAGGGAGAAUUUUCUGUGGUGAAAAAGGAAAGCUUUAGAUGGAAGAAUCUUGCUGAUGGAAGCUCGUCUGCAAAGCUCUAGUUCAGGUAAGAAUUCAGGGGCUACCUGUACUUCAGAGGCCUACUCAUCACUACUCAUGAGACACACCUCCUUUUUCAAUAAGAGUUGUUGGCAUUGUACCAUUCCAAGGCUAAUUAUGGGUUUCCCCAGCCUUACAGAGUCAUGAAAAAUUUGAAGUAACAUGAGCCUGCCUUCAUUUGUGUUUGUAGCAGUGACCAGCAUUUCUCAAAGACAUUUGGAAUAAAGAGUCUAUAUAAGUGAUGGUUAAUAUAUGGAAGAAAAAUAUGCCUCCUCAGAAGUGUCCCAAUGAACAAAGCUGAUGAAUGAAGAAAAAUAAUACUGAAAACAGAGCUCUUGAAAGUCUAUAUCCUCAGAAAGGAUUCUGAUAUAAUUUUGAGCCCUUAAGUCUUUAUUAAUAUUUGUAGAAAUGCCACAUUAACUUGAUUCUCUAAUGCAAAGUUACCUUAUUAAUUUAUAAUGUCAUCUGGGUGAAACAUUUUUGUAACACUGAAGCAAGUUGCAGCCUUAUAAGAAAUUCCUUCUGAAAUCAAGGUUUAAUUACAGGAAAUCAGAAAUUUAUUUCUGAAACAUUUCCUCAAAAUUUUCCUCUUUUCAUAAUCACUAAAAAAUAUGGUUGUGCCAAAUGUUACUUGCUAUAUGAGCACCAGUGUAACUUCAGAAUCGAAAUGAGGUUACCACAUAGACCGAAGCUUUGGUGCAGGUUUUAUUAUAUUAACAGUAACAAGUUGAGUGAAAUUUUAAAAGACUGAGGAAAUUCAGUCUGGUUUCUGGAUAUGUGAGUAAAACAUGACAAACUUGUUUUAUUUCUGCUCAUUGAUCAAUAUGUUGGUUAAUAGAAAUAUUUACAAAGAGAGGCUGGGAUAAGAUUUAGACAUUCUACCUCUUAAUAAAGUUAAACAUCAUUGUGGAGUCAGGAGACUCCUUACUUCAGAUAUCAUAAGUAGGUACUGGGCUGAUAUAAUAUACAGGUCUCCUGUAUGAUGCAAGCGGUCUCUGGUGCUUAACCAAAAGAUGUAAAACCCAUUCUCCAGACCAGUUCCAAUCCCCUCUGAUCCGCUGGUCUCCGCUGUGUGGAAAGGUGUGAUGCCAGAUAAACAAAGAGUAGUUUAUCUCAAGGGUUACAUCCUAGGAUGGGAGGUAAAAGUUCAAGGAAUGAGAAAUUCAAGGGCCACUCCUUCCUAUGGGAACUCUGAAACUAUGUUAACUUUAAAACUGGAAAUCCAGAACCAUGGCAACUAGUAUGUAGAAUCUGGUUGACCUGGUAGAUUUUAUUAUACAUUUUUCAAUGAUAGUGAUAUUUAAGUGUAAUUGCAAUGUUAGCACAAAGAAAGACUAUUUUGGGGUUUUUUUUUAUAGCAACCAGAAGAAUGUUUAAAAAUAUUCCUUAUCAUGAAGGUAUUAUUAAUCAAGUGGUAAAAUCCAAGUAAUUGAAAGAAGAUACAAAUAAAAUUUCAGGCAAGUGUGGGUGCUGGGUAGUAUACAUCAUGACCUUCAUUUCUUUCUCAUGAUUGGGUUUAACUGGGUGGGGAGAAGUAAAUUAUUAUCUUGGUUCUCUCCACUUUGAUUGGUAACUGUCACUCUUCAAUUUCCGGUGGGAGCAGGAAGGAAGGAAAUGAAGUAAUGGUAGAAUGGGAAUGGGAGAUUACAGACGAGGAAAGGGAGAGAGAAGGGAAGGGUUGAGUAGGAAGAGAUGGGGACUGGUGGUAGCUAAGAAGGGGAGCACCAGAAAGAAGGACCUGAAUGCCACCUACCCCCUCUCCCCACACUUGAAUACAAACUCAGGAAAAGACCCACUUUAUUGAAGGGCAUCAACCCAGCAAAGUAGUGUGCAGCUUUUCAGAGUCUUGUGAUUUUGGUCUUUAACAAACAUAUACAUGUAUACAACAUAUAUCUGCUAUACAUAGACUUAAAAAUGAUAUAAUUAUUUUGUCUCCUUCCAAGGAGUGGUAAAAAUGAACCAGGUGACAUUUAAUUACAUUUCUGUUUUUGCUUAUUUUUAAUACAGCUAAAAAGAAUAGACAUGUGUUUUCAUUAGCAGUACGUUCUGUAUAAUUGAAACCAUAAACUGGUGCUGAUUAAUUUCUGCAACAAAGCAGCAUAUUAAGUGUACUGUAUCUACCAUUGUAUCAAAAUUAAUGAAAUAAACAUUUCUAGUUCUGAA